UAGUGUGAAGCUAAAACACACCCACUGCCUCAAUCACCCAAACGUCUGUGCUCGCAUGACCGUGUUCAUUUAAAUUAGUAGGGAGGGAGCAGAGGUGUUCCUCCGUCCACUGCACAUCAGCUGGUAUUGUCACAGCUGCACUUAUCUCUGUCGAAACCACGGAAGAGGCAUGGUGUCUCUGUGUUAAGAGUUGAAGGAAAUUUAUUUUGAAGUAAAGUAAAGGACAGGGCGUCCGAAAGGUCAGUCGAUCAGUACUUUGCCGAGGAAAGACGAAAGAAAACCGGAUUCAAGAGAGAAGCGGUUGUCAGAGACUCUCAGCGUUAGUAUUAGGUAGGGUAAAACUUGGCUUAAUCUACAUCAGUCAUACUCUCAUAUUACAAUAUGACGAGAAGAUCGUGUGCCAUUUAUGGUACGGGAAUUGUCUGUGCUCAUCUACUAAUUCUCGGGAUCGCGCUGCUUGUGGCUCAAGUCUUCCAAACGAUGAUCCACAGUCGCUUGAAAAAGGAAAUGACUUUGACUAAAAACAGUCGAGUCUUAGAUUCUUGGAUCAACCCACCUCCACCCGUUUACAUGGAGUAUUAUUUCUUCAACGUCUCCAACCCCGAUGUUGUUCUAGCUGGCGGAAAGCCUUCGGUUACACAAAUAGGGCCCUACACUUACAGGGAAUAUCGACCACGAGAAAAUGUGACUUUUUUGGAGAAUGGCACAAAGAUUUAUGCCUUGAAUCCAAAAAGCUUUGUGUUUUUGCGGAAUAAGUCUGUGGGAGAUCCAGAGGUUGACCUCUUGACAACAGUCAACAUUCCUGUUGUGGCUGUGAUGAAUGAGCUGAACUCCUACUCAUUUUUCCUUCGCACUGCGGUGUCCAUCUGGAUGAACUCCCAGGGCAUCAAUAUCUUCAUGACCCGAACAGUUCAAGAGAUUCUUUGGGGUUUCAAGCAUCCUCUGAUGUCCAAGCUGCACUCCUUGAAACCUGACGUUGAUGAGUAUUUUGGACUCAUGUAUAAGAAAAAUGGAACCCAUGAAGGAGAAUUUGUCUUCAAUACUGGUGAAAACGAUUACUUGAACUACGGAAAGAUCGACUCGUGGAAUGGAUUACGGCAAAUGUCAUGGUGGUCAUCCAACCAGAGCAACAUGAUCAAUGGGACCGAUGGCAGUGUGUUCCACCCUCUCCUAUCAAGAGAUGAACUGUUGUACAUUUUUGCAGCCGACUUGUGCCGAUCCAUUCAUCUUGGCUAUGUGAGGGACGAGGUUGUAAAGGGCAUUCCUGCGUACCGGUUUGCCCCGCCUUCUGACGUGCUAGAGAGCCCGGACAAAAAUCCUGCCAACGCCGGCUUUUGUGUCCCUGCUGGUGACUGCCUGGGCAAAGGUGUGCUCAAAGUCAGCGUCUGCCGGGAAGGUGCACCAAUAGUCGUCUCCUUCCCACACUUCUAUCAGGCUGAGGACAAAUACAUAAAUGCCAUUGAGGGGAUGAACCCAAAUAAGGAAGACCAUGAAACCUAUUUGGACCUGAAUCCGACGACAGGCCUGCCUAUCCGUGCCUGCAAGAGAGCCCAACUGAACAUCAUCCUGCAGAGAGUCAGUGGCUUCCCUAAAACAAAACACCUCAAUGGGACUAUUUUCCCCCUCAUGUAUGUAAAUGAGACUGCCACUAUUGAUGAUGAAUCUGCUGCCCAGAUGAGGACUCUGCUGCUCAUUGUCACACUGGUGUCCAAUUUCCCCCUCAUCAUUGUGGGGAUGGGCGCCAUCCUUCUGCUGGUCCUCAUCGUUCUAGUGUGUCGCUCGCGCCAGAAGAAGAGUGAAGUAAAACGUAUUGAUUUUUCUGAAGCUUUUCAUUCUUUUGCUACGGCCAAAGAGGACACCGCUUACACACAAGUCAGU